CCUGGAGGUGGCCCACAGUCCUCCACUAACUCUCUACCCUUCUUCCCCAUAGGUCCCCACUGCAACGCCUCAGUAGACCUGAUCGGCACGUGUUGGCCCCGGAGUGCAGUGGGACAGCUGGUUGCUCGACCCUGCCCCGAAUAUUUCUAUGGUGUGCGGUACAACACCACGAAUAAUGGCUACAGGGAGUGCCUCGCUAACGGGAGCUGGGCGGCACGGGUCAACUAUUCCCAGUGCCAGGAGAUCCUCAGCGAAGAGAAAAAGAGCAAGCUGCACUACCACAUUGCUGUCAUCAUCAACUACCUGGGGCACUGUGUCUCACUGGGGGCCCUCCUCGUGGCCUUCGUCCUCUUCAUGCGUCUGCGGAGCAUCCGGUGCCUGAGGAACAUCAUCCACUGGAACCUGAUCACAGCCUUCAUCCUACGCAAUGCCACAUGGUUUGUGGUGCAGCUCACGAUGAACCCAGAGGUGCACGAGAGCAAUGUGGUCUGGUGCCGCUUGGUCACUGCUGCCUAUAAUUACUUCCAUGUCACCAACUUUUUCUGGAUGUUUGGCGAGGGCUGCUACUUGCACACAGCUAUCGUGCUUACCUACUCCACAGACAAGCUCCGCAAGUGGAUGUUCAUCUGCAUUGGCUGGUGUAUUCCCUUUCCCAUCAUCGUCGCCUGGGCCAUCGGGAAGCUGUACUACGACAAUGAGAAGUGCUGGUUUGGGAAGCGAGCAGGAGUUUAUACUGAUUACAUUUACCAAGGUCCCAUGAUCCUGGUGCUUCUGAUCAACUUCAUCUUUCUGUUCAACAUCGUCCGAAUCCUCAUGACGAAGCUCCGAGCUUCGACCACAUCGGAGACAAUCCAGUACAGAAAAGCAGUCAAGGCCACACUGGUGCUGCUGCCCUUGCUGGGAAUCACCUAUAUGCUGUUCUUUGUCAACCCGGGGGAGGAUGAGAUCUCCAGGAUCGUCUUCAUCUACUUCAAUUCCUUUCUGGAGUCCUUCCAGGGCUUCUUCGUCUCUGUCUUCUACUGCUUCCUGAACAGCGAGGUCCGAUCGGCCGUGCGGAAGCGGUGGCACCGAUGGCAGGACAAGCACUCCAUCCGCGCCCGUGUGGCUCGGGCCAUGUCCAUCCCCACCUCCCCAACCCGCGUUAGCUUCCACAGCAUCAAGCAGUCCACAGCUGUCUGAGCCAGGAGUGAGCUGCCGUACGG